UUUAUAUAUUUAAGGAAAUGGAUGAUGCUGUAAUUAAAUUAGAAGAAACGGUGAAAAGGACCGAUGAAAGUCUCGAUGAAAUGGUUUUGAAAAUAGAAUGCGCUGAAAAAAAUAUUUGUGAGCAAGAUACAGACGUUACCGUAUUUAAAUUAUUAAAAUCAGUUACUGAGGUAAAAAAUGAUUAUCAAAAUAUACGAAAAGAAUUAAUGGAAGUGCAACAAUUACAACGUCAAAUUAGCACUUCGUUACGAUCACAAUUGGAACAAGUACAAGGCCAUUUUACAGCCUUAAAACAAAAAAUUGCUGGAUCACAAAAUGAUACUUAA